AUGGAAAGACAGAUGCGAAGGCUUGCAGCAAAUAAGACAGGGUAUGCCACAGCAUUUCUAGUGGUUUUUAUUCUCUCAGGGCUUUUGGCGAUUUGGGUCUUGCUUGAGAGCUGUGAAAAGCGCAGCCCGAAAAGAAGCCCAAGCAAAAAAAGCUCUUUGUCCGCGAAGAGCACAAAGCAUGCCUUCGGCGAUGGCGGGCUCGAGCGUGUGGACAAGCUAUGUAAUUUUGAGCCCACCCCCCCUCCAGCUGCGGCGCAGCCAGAUAAAGAAAGCGCCGGCACUCGCGGCCAGCUGUCAAAUGCGUAUAAUUACUUGUCUGCCGCUGGAACGUCAAUCGCCUCCUAUUUAAAUCCAACGUUCCAUUUUGUUGGAAGCAGUAUUUGGCAGGUCUUCAUCGCUGCGUGGGCUUUUAGAGCCAAAGUGCCUUCGAUGCCAUUUAUUACGCCGCCUUGCCCAAACAACCAUUGUUUGCAGGAGAAUUUCUUUUCCAAAAAAGAAGCUAUACUGAAACAGUGGGAAACCUUAGAGCUGUGCAAGGAGACGCCUGCCUUUUCUUCGGCUGCGCUGCUUUGCUUCCAGAUACCCGGCGUGCUCAGCGAUUUUUACGCGCUCCAGAAGGAGUCUUUUUUCAAUGCAGUGGAAGACGAAUGCAAAAAGCCUGAGAACGAGGAAAAGCUGAAAAACUGCAUAAAAAUGUGUGGGGUUAUGCUGUGCGACCCUUCAACCCUUUUCCUUUUCUUGAAGCGCCUGUCCAGCACGGCCGCGUGCGCCAUAAGAAUGCACACAUGCGAAUGCUGCGCGCGUAUCUGCUUAGAAAAAACAUUCCUAGAGGAGCUGGAGGGGGUGCACGCGCACAUAGCAAACCUUAUCCAUGAUUGGAACGUCGACUUGGCAACUGCGCCCGUCAGGCAAGGCUUUCUUGAAUAUGUUUUGGUGUACCAGGCUGUUUCCGCGCUCUACUCCGCAUGCUCCGGCAUGGAGGGGGGCCUGCCCAUUGAAGGAGCGCAUGCGUUUUUCCCGAAAAAGGUGUGCACAAGCGCUUUUCAGAUCGACAAAGAGAAAAGCAGCGUGUUCUGCAAAGGCGUGAAAAUGGACGUGCCCAGCUGGAAGGCAAAGACUUUUUGCAACUUUUCAACAAAAAUGUCGCGGCUGCAGUUUGUGUACUAUGUGGACAAUGAAGAAAAAGUGCGGAAGCCCGUUAUAAUUCCACGGGUGAAAGCUGGGAUACUGUGCGAAGAGGUGGUAAAUUACAUCGCCAAAAUGCAUGGCAGGCCGAAGGAGGACAUAUAUGUGUUUUCCUUCAAUCCCGAAACGCACGCGCUGACAUACAGAAAGCCAAAGGAGACCCGGUACAUCAGCAUGCUUGAAAAGAGCAAAGAGUUUCAUGUGUUCUACUACAUACCGAGGGCCUUUUCUAACAGCGACCUGCUUAUGCUUGCAGGGGUUGCUCCGUUGGAAUUUUGGAGGUCGGCGCAGAGCAGACAUCUUGUGUAUUUCCCGCUGUUCCUCAGCAAUGUGCAAGAUAAGGCCGUGAAGCCAUUCGAAAACAGGCCCUGCACGGACGUUUUGCCCAUGAAUUCUUUCAUUUGUGGUAGAAGUCUGCACAAUGCCUGCGAACUAGUGCCGCACGUGUCUGGCUUGGACAGCAAAGCCUUUUUGGCGCACGAUGCCUCGCUCACAGUCGGGCUGGGCUGGAAAGAAGCUCUGCAUAUGGUGCAGGCCGUGCUCUCUUUUGAGCUCUUCCCCUCGAAAGAGAUGGAAAACUACCAUCUUGUCACGUACCAAACCGGAGCCAUCGAAUAA